AUGAAGACCGCUAUCCUCAGUUCCGUCUUCAUCUUUGCUUUGGUAGCCGCUGCUCAUCCUGGCCCCCAUGCGCCUAACAAGCGUUCAGAGAAGGAGUUGGCCCGUCGCGACUUCGCCUCGAACAAGUGUGCGCGCCAUGUCGGCGAGAUGCAAAAGCGGCGCGUAGAGAAACGCGCCGAGGCCCUAACCAAGCGAAGUGACACCUAUUCGUCGGUCACCAUCACGACAGAGUCGCCGUAUUACCCCACCAUUCAGAAUGAGACCUGCAUUCUGACCCCCGAGGCCACCACUGGUCCGUAUAUCUGGGAAGUAUCUCAGACUCUGCGCCAGGACAUGACCGAGGAUCAGCCGGGUAUCCCUCUGAUCUUGGACAUUGGUGUGAUCGAGAUCAACACCUGCGAGCCUAUGAGGAACGUCCUUGUCGACCUUUGGCAUUGCAACGCCACUGGAUCAUAUUCCUCGUUCACCAAGCUCUCUCCCAAUACUCCUUUUGAAGAGCUGCUUGAGGAGUUGAACUAUACUAUUGUUAAUGAUAAUUUCGAUCUUCACACCGACAACACCACCUUCCUCCGAGGAAUGUGGCCCACUGAUGCUAACGGCGUGAUGGAGAUGAAGACAAUCGUCCCAGGAUUUUACGUUCAGAGGACCGUGCAUAUUCACGUUCAGGUUCACCAAAACUGGGUACUCCGGUCUAACGGGACUGUCAAGACUGAUACCACCGCCAACACGGGUCAGAUAUUCUUGUCGGAUGAUCUGUCGGAGUAUCUGAUGUCGUAUGAGCCAUACGUUUCGCAUACCCAGAUCGAGAGAACCACCAACGCGGAGGAUGCCAUAUACGCAGCCGAGUCCGUUAAUGGAUGGUUCCCCGAGUUGGCUGUUAUUCCUAUGGAUGGGGAGGAUUACGCCAACGGCAUUAUUGGAUACAUCACUAUUGGCGUUGACUCCACUCGCUGGAAUGCGUCUACACUCAUGGGGGAUGGCGUGGUAACGCAUUAG